GAGGAUCAUGCGAACCUCCUGCAUCGCCUCCGGCAGUUUCUGCGGACGCUGUCCGUGGUUCCACCAAGGCCUGCUGUGUCCCAGUCUUAUCUCGAAAAAGACUUGGCGACAUGCUCUUACGUCUUUUUACGAUGUGAUUGCAUUCGUCGGCUGGUGAAACCCCCCUUCUAUGACGACCCGUUCUCUCGAGGUAAGAAGACCUUCCGCAUCCUUCGCCGAACACGAGAAGAGGUCGUGAGCGUGGACCGCCCCAAAGCCGCUGUACUGAACAUUCCGCCGGAUGAGCCAUGCGGUCCUAUUUCCCCUGCUCCCCGACCCUCCAUCCAUCUGUCCCAUCUGCUACCUCUUCUUCCAUCUUCACAGCCGUCUACAGUUGCUAUCUCCUCAUCCACGUCCAAUAUUCCUGACACAAGCCACUCAUACCCUGCACCUCCUGCAUACAUUAACCGCAGUUGA